UAUAUAAAAAUAAAUGAAAACAAAAAUCCGCGCGGAUCGAGAUACAGUUUAAUUUAAAACACUUGGAGUAGAAAUCGUUUUAAAAAAAAUUUCACCCCCAGCCUCAUAAGUCGUAACCCAUGAACCCUAAAUCCCUCAAUAUCUCAAAUCCCCCAAUUUAACGUGAUUUCACCUUGAUUCGAUCUUGUUUGCACCUUCUUGGCUAAACGUAACCGUAGCCAAGCUAGUGACACUGUUCGUUGAUUCAGUGAAUGGAAGAAGAAGAGAAGCAGAUAACAUGUCUCAUGUCUGUGAUUGUUUGCGGUGGAAAGAGAUCUCUGUUUGAGACUUCUUCUCUUCCCCUCUCCAAGAAACUCUGUUCCUUGUCUCCCUCUCGUUUCUCCUCCUCUCUUCUUCUCGAUCACCUCGCCGCCAUUUUACCCGACAUGGAUAUUCACGUGAGCUUUUCCAUCCCGAAAGUUUCAAACUUUGUUUUGGAUAUUUGCAAGAUUGUAACUUUUCUUGACUUUUUCCUGAACUUGGAUGGCACUGAGUGGGUUGAAUUAUUUAACAGGGAAAUGACGAAUGCUUCAGACAUGAAACAAGUAUGCUCUCACGCUUCAUCUGAAACAAGCACUGCAGAACAACAGUUCCAUCCCUAGCUAGUACCAUCUUUUUUUAGGCAAAACUUAAAAAAAUACAUGUAAUGUAAUGUUUCAAGUGUAUUUUC